UUAAAAUUGCUCUAUUCGGUUGCGAGUUGAACUAACGUUACAAUAUUUUUCAAAUAAUUAAAUAUCAGUUAUUUGUGGUUCAUAUUAUUUAUAAUAUUGUGCAAAUUAAACGGAAACAAGGGUUUAAAUCAAACGGCCACCGCCGUUUGUUAAUAUUAACUUGUAAUGGCGCCAACAAGGUUGGCAUCAAAGUCUGUAAAUAUUAGUCAGAAUAUGAACGGCAUCAUGAGCCAUGGCAUCACGACGAGGAGUAAGCAAUUAGCUACUCUGAAAUCUUACAAAGACAGCUUGAAGGCGCCAAACAAGAGAAAAGCUGAUAGCCCUUUAAAAGAUAUUACUGCUAAAAGAGCUGCUUUUGGAGACUUAACUAACGCAUUCAACAAAUCCUCGGGUAACGAAAAAUGUAUGCCACUUAAAAAAGUGACAGUGGAAGGGAAAAUGCUUCCAGCUGUUAAGACUAUCAAACUACACACAGCAGUCAAUAGCAAGACAUCAAAAGGCAGACAGUUGCAAAAAGUAGCCGCAAAUGCCAUAGAGAGUGUGCAAAAGCACUUUGUUAAGGAUCUACCCAAACCAAUUGCCACUCGGGCACAAAAUGGCAUUCUUAAGAAUAUUGUUCGUAAGUCAUUGGACAAGGAAAAUCAGAAUCAAAGUCAGAGCUCUUCAGCGAAAUCUACUAGAAGUGAUGUUUCUGAGGCUUCACUUUAUACCACGGCUUUGGAGAAUAACAGUAGCCCAAACGAAAUAAAGGAGGAAUACAAGUCAAUCAGCGAGAAACUAGACAAAGUAAAUUUGGAUGACUCGGACUGCAGGUCUCUGGAUGAGGAGGUGGACGUCCCACACCGAGUGCCUGCUGGUGUCAUUGACUUUGACAAGGAAAACUGGAAUGACCCCUACCAAGUAUCUUGCUAUGCUAUGGAUAUCUUCAACUACUUGCAAAGCAGAGAACCUCUCUUCCCCAUCGAUGACUAUCUUACGCGGAUAAAGGGAAUCACAGCGUGGAUGCGAGCCCUACUUGUUGACUGGAUGGUGGAAGUUCAGGAGAGCUUUGAACUGAACCAUGAGACAUUAUACCUCGCCGUUAAACUUGUUGACUUAUUCUUGACUCGCUCGACUCGGAAAUUGCCAGAAAGGGAACAUUUGAACAAGGAAGAGCUACAGCUGUUGGGUGCAUCUGCCCUGUUUAUCGCUUCUAAGUUUGACGAACGGAUCCCGCCACUUGUGGACGACUUUCUAUACAUCUGUGACGGUGCCUACACGCUGAAUCAAUUAAUCAAGAUGGAGAUUAAAAUUGUGAAGACGAUCGACUUUGACCUCGGCAUUCCUCUCUCCUACAGGUUCCUGAGAAGAUAUGCUCGGUGCGCCCGAGUCUCAAUGCCGACCCUCACCCUGGCACGGUUCAUCUUGGAGCAGUGCCUAUUGGAAUACAGCUUGGUGUCUCUAUCAGAUAGCAAGAUGGCGGCAGCUGCGCUCUAUGUGGCGCUACGGAUGAAGAACGUCUCCGAGUGGACACCCACGCUGCAGCAUUACACCGGCUACGCCCUCUCGGAGAUUCUUCCGAUCGCUCUCCUCCAAAACGCAGUCCUGCACAAGAAGCCAAAGUCCGCGAUCAGCACAGUCCGGAACAAGUACUCGCAUUCGAUAUUCUUCGAAGUGGCCAAGUUGCCCUUGGUGGACGACGCACUCUUGACCAGCUGAGGAGGAAAGCUCCUCGCAUCUACAAGCCGGUGGGUUUUUUAAGGGUUGUUAGGUGGCUUUCGGGUCAGACAUUACUUAGGCAGGUCGAGGCCAGCGUGUCGAUCAAAGUCAUAUGGAACCAGCGCUAUUUUUUAAGACUGUCUUUUCGGUCAGUUCUUCUCUCUUUCUUCAUGAAGCGCCUUACUUGUAAACGUCUCUCAAAUUGUUUUAGCACUCGGCAAUAGCUAAAUCAACGGCUCAACGGUUAGGUUAAUUUAGGUUUUGAGUUUACGUUUAAUCCCCGUACAUUAGUUUUCCCUACCUCGACAACCCUACGGUAACUUAUAAAACUUAUUCAUAUAAAAUGUUGUAACUGCAAUACAUUUGUUAAACGAGGGGCAUUAGGCGAUGUAUACGCGAGCUAGAAAAAUUAAAAUGUCGCCUAUCGGCCCGUGUAUGAGACGCUUAAUUUAAUC